AUGGAGCCCCAGAAACAACCCAACCAAACAUCGAAAGAAUCCUCUCCCCGCCCGGAAACUAACUCGCCUUUCCCAUACAACGAGGAGUUCAUCAUCCAAGAGUCAUCGUUCUUCCAGAAACCCAAUGCCCCAAAAUCUCUACCAUCUCCAGCUGAAGUUAGAGAAGUCGCAAGCCGAUCAACGGAACCCAGUGCGCCUCUCAUGACUCGACCACCGCCAGUACGAUUUUCUGGUUUGGCUUUGCUGGUCAAGUAUGGAACGGAGAUCACGAUUGCUGAAGCACAAUGCCUCUUGUUUAUACGAAGAAAACUUCCGGAAACAGUUCCUGUUCCCGAGGUAUUUGGGUGGCGUAAAGAUGGCGAUCAAGUGUUCAUUUAUAUGGAAUUGGUGGAUGGUGUUACCUUGGAGAAUAGCUGGGAGACACUCGUUGAAGAUGAUAGACUGGCCAUAUGUCACCACUUGCGACAUAUGAUAGAUUCGUGGCGGAGCCUUGAGAAUAAUAUUACGCCUCAAUUUAUCGGACAUGUUGGCAAGCAACCGCUAUUAGACAUAGUUUUCACAGACACUUCCUCUCCGGCUGCUGGUCCAUUCUCUAGUGUCUCCGAAUUCCAUGACUGGUUUACAUCAACAUUCGGCCCAUAUCGACACGUGCCUGUCGAGGAUAUACCAACACAUCCGUACCGCUCUUUUCUCCCAGACGACGUUCCGAUCGUGUUCACACACGCAGACCUACAUCCUAGAAAUAUAAUCGUAUCCUCUGGACCCAGUCCUCGUGUUGUUGCUAUCGUUGACUGGCAUCAAGCUGGAUGGUACCCUUCGUCCUGGGAGUAUUGUAAGGCUCGGUGGACGGCGUUGAGUGGUGGAGAAUGGGAGACGAAAUACCUUCCCCUCUUCCUAGACAGUCACGAUUGUUAUAACUAUUGGGACUAUUUUGUUCUAGCUCGUGGGGCCUGA